CUGGAAGAGAGGUCAUCAGCGUGCGUUGAAAAAAGUACCUCCAAGCUGUCUAUUGAAUGACCCACCCGGCCCCUACGUUUUCGGAAAAUGAACUGCUAUCAACCUACUGUUGCCUCGAACAUUAGGUCUCUUGGCUUCAACUCUAAUUAUUCUUGUGCUACAAUCGACUCCAAGAUAUUUUUUGUGUUGUCUUUGCUCCGUGUUUUCGUCGAUUUCUGUUUCAUGUUUCGACCAUCCUCACCACUUAUCUACUCUUAUUCGUCGAGUCCUGCUUUUCCUACUUAUAUUCCCUUCUCAUCCCAUACAAUUCCCUGUCUCGUAGUAGUGUUUGUUAUUUAUCUGUAUCCAUAUAUCCCGCUCAUACGUACUGUGCAUACCCUCCUGUUCGCCAUCUACCUACGUACCCUAGUUCCACUGCUUUACGUAUAUAAAAUUGCACCAUUUAUGUAGUGCUGAAUCUGAUUGAUGAUUGUCAUAUAAAUCUUAAUGUGAGUUAUGG